AGAGCGAGCUUUUUUUCAGCCAAGCCAAUUCGCAAAUUGGCGCUCGGGUCAGAGUCUUGUCUGCUGCCGUGCGGUUAGGACGCCGUUAGUUUACCAAUCACAGCAAAGUUUCAGUGCCCAAAACGAUGCUUGGGAAUAGCUUUUGGCCCAUUCUCCUUGUGGCCAGCUGCAGCCUGGCGCACGCUUACCCCGCCCUCUUGCCCUACAUCUACAAUCCAUCGAAUGCUGGUCGCCUGGAUAAGCGCAGCGAUGUGAACUUUCCGCAGAUUGAGGACGAUGUCGUUGAACUGGAUCAGUUGAGGAAUGAACAACAGCCUGCGGUGGCAAAGAGACAACACGAUGGCAGCACUGUUCGCACCACAACCACAACUAAGGAGAGCGUGGAGAAAGUAAUCGCUGCACCAGAAUCGAGCAGCAAGGAGCAAGUGGCUGUCUUAAAUCAAGGCCUGCCCGACUUGGAGCGUCAACUGGAGGUGGCCACGCCAUUGAUGUCGAUGUCGACCACCACGACAACGAGCACAUCGGCCACCACAACAACGGCGGCAUUCAAGGAUGAGAGCGAACGUUCGCAGUUGGAGGAGCCAAAGACGAAUCCGCAUGCCAAGUGUAUAUCCACGAAACCACCCAAAAAUCAACAGGCUUUCUACGGUGCAGCUCGACUAGCUUUUGGCCAGAAUCCAGAGGUGUUACCAACAUCCUCUACAUCCACCACAACCACCACAGCAUCCACAUCCACAUCGACAUCGACAACAACCACAACAACAACACCACCACCAGCUCCAUCAACGAUCGCAGUUGAAGCCACCGCAGCUGUUGUGCCCGCUGCUCCCAUGGCACCCAAGAGCGAAGUUGUGGAGCCCGUUGUGGAUGUGGCCGGAGAGCCAGCGGAGAAUGGAGAGAGUGCUCCCAGUGCAGCUGUGGAAGUGAAGCCACCAGCGGCUCAUCAUAAUCACGAUAUCAACAAGGAGACCAUCGGCGACAUUCUAAUCGAUCAGCUCGAAUCGGUUGCCAAGACAACUGAGCGACGUUCCAGCUCCGGCUCCAGCGGCAGCAUGCCACAUCUGACGGCCAAGACUGCUCAGAGUCUGCUGCGCAAUCCCAGUGGACAGUAUUCGUCCUUCGACAUGGCUCAGUAUGUGUUCUGGACCGGCGAUGAGACUGGCGUGGCCAGAGCAGUUGAGGAACUAAUCGACGAGAAUUUGAUUACACGAGAGAGUGCUCUGAAGUUCUUGCGCGACAUACGUCUAGGCAUUGAGUUCUUGCAGCGCUCCUAUGCCAAUCGUAUUUUCCCCGAGGAGCUGCGUCAGAAUCACUUGAAACGCAGUGCUCCGAGUACCACAGCGAGCACAACAACAUCGACUACAAGCACAACCACGAGCACGACCACUGAGAAGCCCUUGCCCUACAUUCACUUGGAUAACGAUGGUGAUGGGGUGACGCCAGAGAUUGGACGCACCAAGGCGUUGGAUAGCUUCACUUUCUGGAACAAGCUGAAGGCACUGGAGAGCGAGACUCCACAGGAUCUGACCGACUAUGAUGAUACCAUGGGCAGGGCCAAGAUCGUUGAGUAUUUGUACAACGAGUACAGCUUAGAGGAAAUACUUUACAAGUUGGCCAAGGUGAUGUUCGCUCAGUCGCUGGCUCAUGGCUCAGACGAGGCUCAACAGGAGCUGCAGAAGUUGACCGAAUUCCUGGAGCGUGAAGGCAAUUUAGGAGUUAUUCCUGUCGACUUGCAGAAGAAGGUUUUGAGGGUUCUGCUUACUGCUUUGUCGGACACCUUGACCGAGCAUCCGGAGCUGUUGCCUGCUGCGCGUGUUAACUUGGCCAAUCCAUACUUUAGGCUUCCAAUGCAUACUCCCAGCCAAUAGAGCAGCAGCAGACGGCGGGCGGCAGUUAUCAGAAUAUAUAUUUAAAUAUAUAUAUCUACUACAUUCAUAAUCUAUAUUAAAUAUAUAUAUAUAUAUUUACUAAGUUAAGCAGCAGAAUCAACUACGAGUUCAGUUCAACGUCGAUUGCCAUAUUCAAGAAAUGCGCUCUCUCGGA